CUUUAGAGGUCUUUGCCACAAAUUUGCUUAAAUGUGAUCAUGACCAAGAAAUAGCACAGAAUCUUAAACAUUUUUUCUUAAUGCAACUCCUUGUGUUUUUAAUUUUUAUUUUUUUUUUUUUAAAUUUUCCAAUUGUUUUCAGGUUUGAUUGAGGUUCUAAUCAAUCUUUCAUGUGGUCUCACGCCUUAAUUUUGCCCCAAAACACUAAAAUAUCACAUAUUCUUUUCAAGAAAUCACAAAGCCAUUCAUUUGAAAUGCAUUCUUCAUGGUUCAAGAAGUGAUCACUAGAGAUAAUUUUAAUGUUUUGGUUGCAUGACUCAGCAACAGUAUUUUUUUUAAAAAAGCUCAUCUCUCGGCUCAGCUCUGUGUUUAACCAGAUGGCACUUCACAAGCAGUGAAAAAGCUUCUUAUUCGGCCUAAUGGAGCUGUUGUUGCCUGGUUUGUUUGUGCUACAAGUGCUCUGUUUUGUUUCUGGCUAUCCAUCUGGUGCUCCCACUGGUGCCUGUGAGGAUUUACCUCAACCUUCUCCAACAUCCUACACUGUUCUCACCAACAGCAAGACAUUUGAGCCGGGCAAACCCAUCACAGUGACUAUUAGUGGACCAGAGUACACAGGAGGUCUUCUGAGAGCCUGGACAGACGGCAGGACCAACGCUCUGGGCAGCUGGCUGAGGCCUCCUCUGGAUACAAGGUUCUUUGCGGUGCAUUUUCCAUUUGUGUAACUAACAUUUGUGCAGCUGCUCAAGUGCGUGUGAUGUGCAUGCUGAGGAAUUCAACUCUCAAACUGCUGCAAAUAUUCUAAAAAGAAAAAUGCAAUUUAGAAAUCUCAACAGAUAUGUUGUUUGUCAAUGCUCUUAUCUCAAAAACCUCUUCUUAGGACAUCAUGACUUUUUCAUAUGCAAGUAGCAUUAAUCAUUAGCAAUGACAAUAAUACACAUUUGCUGAUGAAUGUAAAUUUAUAUUCACAGUGUUCAGUAAGGGCAGCAACACUGUAUACAAAUGGAUACCACCCGAUUCUACAAGCCCUUUCUACUUCAUGAAAAGCAAAACACCUCUUCAGUAAUAUAUUUAUUUUUGCCUUACAUGUGAAUUGUGUAAAUCUUCUGUUUGAAUGAAAACACUUUCCAAGCAAGAAAAAUCUCUUCAGUAUAAUUGUUUUUUCAUGGCCACUGUAGCUCAACAGCGUGCAGCCUUCUGGGUUAAGGUGAGGUCCAGCACUCUGAGCAGAGGUAGGUGCAGCAGGGUGACAAGUCAAAAUAAAUGU